CAUGCCCACCCCUACUAGAUAGCGAGGCAAGAAUAAGAAAACAAAGCUAGUGUGGAUAGAGAGAGAGGGAAAAAGGAAUGGCAACUAACCUUUUCAAAUGCAGUACUGGCAUCGGCGUCCGCCUGCUAUUCCCCUUUGCCCAUUCUGAGCUUCCUCUUAAUUUCCAUCAAAUUAAUGCUGCCAUUAAUGGUAAUUAUCAUCAUCUUCGUCUUCGCAACAAAAAACCCAAAUUACCUUCUGCAAGAAGUCUGCUCUGGCACUCAUCUUCUUCGUUUUGCACCGCCGCCUCGGCCACCGAUGCUUCUGCCACCGGUGCUUCUGGAGCAGUGAGCGAUGCUUCUGUUGAUGAGUCAGUGCCGCCGGUGAGCGACGUCGAGGACCAAAAACAGAAGAUAAAGGAUGCAGCCGACGUGCUCGACAUAAGGGUUGGCCGAGUUCUUAAGGCAUGGAGGCAUGAGGAGGCUGAUUCUCUUUAUGUCGAAGAGGUCGACAUCGGCGAGCCUGAACCCAGAACCAUCUGCAGUGGCCUUGUCAAAUAUGUUCCUCUUGAUCACCUUCAGGAUAGAAAUGUAGUUGUGCUUGCUAAUCUGAAGCCCAGGAACAUGCGUGGUGUUAAGUCUAGUGGAAUGCUUAUGGCAGCUUCUGAUGCUUCCCAUGAGAAUGUUGAGCUUCUUGUGCCUCCUGAGGGUUCACUCCCUGGCCAAAGAGUAUGGUUUGGAUCUGAAGAUGAUCAUCAAAAUCAGCCUCCUCCUGCCACAGCUAACCAGAUUCAAAAGAAAAAGAUAUGGGAAUUGGUGCAACCUCAUCUGAAGACCGAUGAUUCUUGUAUUGCUAUACUUGGGGAGCAUGUAAUGCGGACAUCUGCAGGCGUGGUAAUCUCAAGUUCUCUGAAAAACGCAAAUAUCUCCUAAUUGGACUUGGAACUUCAUGCUAUUAGUCAGUCUCUCCCGCAUUCUUGAUACCAAUUUGUCAUUACUGCCAUGUGAUGAUUUCUUAACUGAUUUGUAGAAAUUUGGUGCCGUAUGUUUUCUUUAGUUUGUGACGGUUUUGAAUUUGUCAAUUGACUUAUGUAUGCCUGUUACCAUAACAUCUGAUUUUGAGGUUUUGCUGUGCGUAGUUUUUGUUCUUUUAAUGAAAAUGAGGCUGUGUUUUCCCAUUCCAAUUCUGUUAUCUUGAUUGGAUUUCUGAACCUACAGCCAUGGCACGAACAUUGCAACGAUUCAAGGGUAAUCUAGUGAA